AUGGACUCUUCGAGAAAGAAUUCUUCGGCUUAUACUUAUCUUCUCGCCGACGUUUCCCAUCCGGAUAAACCAGCUCUGUUGAUCGAUCCCGUGGACAAGACUGUUGAUAGAGACUUGAAACUGAUAAAUGAAUUAGGCUUAAAGCUCAUAUAUGCUAUGAACACUCAUGUUCAUGCUGAUCAUGUCACUGGAAUUGGACUUCUUAAGGUCCCAGGGAUUGAAAUCUGUCAUUUCAAAAGCAAGUAG